AGGCUACCUAGCUUACUUCGACUACCAUACUUGAGACGGGUUAAAUUCAUCAGUUUAGCGUGCGGUGUGAACUUAGCUUAACAUAAUACCUGCGUAUGCGGGUGAAGUGUAGAGUAUCGGCAAUUUGUGCUGUGAGGCGUGUUAUCUCGUACCAUUGCUGAAAAUGGUUAGUUCUAUACGGUACUGGAAGAGUUAACUUAACGUUUAAAGUCAACGAAGCGUGCCUGCCUCUGAGCACUGCAAGCCCGAUGAAGUUAGUAACAUAUUGUCGGCAAAUAGUGAAUUUGACCAGCUAACGUUAGCUUGUUAGCUAACGUUAGUCAGGUUUAUGUCGACUAACUCUGAGAGCUUUUGGAUUUUGUUUAGUAAACAUUAGGUAUUACUGGAAGUUUUCUAUGGAAUGGAUCAGCGGAUGAGGGUUUAUUGUAAAGAGGAAUAAAAUGCCCUGGCCCUGAAGUACCAAAGAGGAAGUUAAUUUUUUUUGUGGUGCACCACUGCAGCCACGGUUUGUCGGUCCUGUAAGUGAAUCGCCUUGGAGUCACUGAUGCGCCUCUGAUGUAGCAAGAACAGAGUGCUUGCCAAGAAUCUCUAAACACCUGGGCUUUCUUACUAGUUUUGUACAGAUUUGUACAGGAACGGUCAACUUGCCAAACCAGACAGGCUAUCCCUGUGCUGGGCUUCUUAUGGAGUUGACCCAGCAAAGCAUGGGACUAAAUUCACUAGAAUGCCAGAUACCGGGUUUACAUCACCUCUCAGUAUAGGUCUAAGACUGCACCCAACGGAACUCACGACCACAGAUAACUCUUAGUUAACGAGAAAGGACUUUGCUCUUUCCUUUUUUCUUCCUCCAUUUCUUUGCACUGGACCUCUGGGGAAGUGUUGCUACCACUUGCCUUUGACUUAUGCACGAGGAGGAGCACGAGCAGGUGAUGUGUCCCACGUCCCAACUUAGACAACAGCAGCUCAGCACUUUCCCCUCCUCAAUGCCCAUAGUGUUUUUAAAUUGAACUGUAUUCCUGUCACGUCAGGAUACACACACACACACACAUCCCCUGUAGCAGGCCGAUCCUGCGGGACCUCCCCUUCCGUAGCAGCAGCAGGAUCUGUAGCGGUGUGUGCGAGUGUCAGUUGGACCCGACGGCUGAAAGAUGAGCGCAGGCGAGCUGCAGCACCUGGACUACCUGACGGAGGGCGAGCUCAUGGGCAUGGACGCCUUCAUCCAUCGCAUCGACUCCACCGAGGUCAUCUACCAGCCGCGCCGCAAGCGGGCCAAGCUUGUGGGCAAGUACCUGAUGGGGGAUCUGCUAGGUGAGGGCUCGUACGGCAAGGUGAAGGAGAUGCUCGACUCGGACACGCUGUGCCGCCGCGCCGUCAAGAUCCUCAAGAAGAAGAAGCUGCGCCGCAUCCCCAACGGAGAGGCCAACGUCAAGAAGGAGAUUCAGCUCCUGCGUAGACUUCAGCACAAAAAUGUGAUCCAGUUGGUGGACGUGUUAUACAAUGAAGAGAAGCAAAAGAUGUAUAUGGUGAUGGAGUAUUGCGUGUGUGGAAUGCAAGAGAUGUUGGACAGUGUUCCGGAGAAGAGGUUUCCAGUGUUCCAAGCUCACGGGUACUUUUGCCAGCUUUUGGAUGGCCUUGAGUAUUUGCACAGCCAGGGAAUCGUUCACAAAGACAUUAAGCCGGGCAAUCUGCUGCUGACCACGGAUGGCGCUCUGAAGAUCUCCGAUCUGGGGGUGGCCGAGGCCCUGCACCCAUUCGCGGAGGACGAUACGUGCCGCACCAGUCAGGGCUCCCCGGCGUUUCAGCCCCCGGAGAUUGCCAAUGGCCUGGACACUUUCUCCGGCUUCAAAGUGGACAUCUGGUCCGCCGGCGUCACACUCUACAACAUAACGACGAGCCUGUACCCGUUUGAGGGGGACAACAUCUAUAAGCUGUUUGAGAACAUUGGGAAGGGCCACUACAGUGUCCCUGAGGAGUGUGGCCCUCUGCUCUCGGACCUGCUGAGAGGAAUGCUGGAAUACGACCCUGAGAAGAGAUUUUCAAUACAGCACAUACGGCAACACAAUUGGGUGCGUAAGAAACACCCUCCGUCAGAGGCUCCGGUGCCCAUCCCCCCCAGCGCGGGUGGGUCUGACCCCUGGAGGAGCAUGAGCGUGGUGCCUUACCUGGAGGACCUCCACGGCUACGCCGACCAGGACGAUGACGACGAGCUCUUUGACGGAGAGGAGGAUGACAUAAUUUACACUCAGGACUUCACAGUACCAGGGCAAGUUGCAGAGGACGGAGACGAGGAGGUGGCGGGUCGAGGCCGGGACUUGUCUAAGGCUGUGUGUGUGAACGGCACGGAGGGGGCGACGCUGAAGCCCAAGACGGAGCGGAGGUCCAGCUCCUCGUCCAAUCCCUCCCGCAAGGGCCUGUCUACGGCCAGCAAGAUCCGCAAGCUCUCCACCUGCAAGCAGCAAUGACCCGCCACACACACCCUGCCUGCCACACACACACACGGCCUCAACACACAACUCCUAUCGGUUUUCUCUCCCGUCUCCACAUGCGUUGGCCUCCCACACCCAGCAGACACGUCUCCCCUCUCAUCCCCAUCGCCACCCUGGACUGCCCGCUCCCCUCUCAUCCCCAUCGCCACCCUGGACAAUGAACCCAAAAUGGAUGCCAGGAAAAAAAAACCUCUUCUCCUUUUUUCUGUCAUUUUCUUUUUGGUUUUGUUUUAAAGAGACUGACCCAAAUGGGAAACUACAAAGAGGAGAUGUGCCUGCCGUACAACCACCCCACCCCCCAACAACAUUGUUUUUUAUCCCCUCUUUCUUUCUCUCUCCUCUUCUCUCUCUUCUGCAACUUCUCGAGACGAUGCGGGUGGACUCUCAACAGCCAGAUUUAGUUGCUAGGUUACCCUUUUUCUUUACAGUAAUUGAAUACAUAGUUAAAGACACUCAGACGUUUUAUUGUGACAUGUUAAGAAUGACAACAACAGUAAUAACUAUUGCUAUAUUGAGUAUGAGAUACAUAUAUAAAAAAAACAGUGGAAAGAGUUUUGAGAAGGUGUGAAUUCUUCUUUUGAUGCUGGGUUUGGGCUGUGGGUGAUGAUGAUUUCAAUACGGUGUUAACUGCAUGCUGUAAGGAGCAGUGGAAAAGGGAACUUCUCCAACUAAAGGACUGAAAGCAACAAACAAAAAGUUCAGACGCUUAACGACACCAUCUGGCCCGGUCACCUGCUUUUUCUUCUCUUCAUUGUUUUGGCUUUUUCCAUCUAGGGUUUUUUUUUGUUGUUGUUUUUUUUUCAAUAAAUAUUUUUUAAUUAUUAUUUAUAUAAAACACAUCCCAACCAACCCAAA